GAUUAUGUAUCAGCAUUGCACAAUUUGUGUGUAUUGGCUUAUUACCUGUGAAUGAGCAUGGUAACAGGCUUAUAAACUUGACACAAAAAACCCCUCAGCCUGGACUUUGCUGCUGUUUUGGUAUACUUCAGUGGCUGUGAUCAGACAUUACACAGAAGGAGGAAUGCACCUGUUGCUCUUUGAGAACUCUUGACAGAAGUGCGUUCCUGCUUUUACGUGGACAAUCGGUGCUCAACUGUGCCAGCCUGCUGGGACCCUGCGGUCAGAGUGCUCGGACAACGUGGGCAAGAGGAACAAGUGCGGAAAACGAGGAAAGGGACAGACAAAUUAGUUAUUUUUGGUGAAAGGAUCAGUAGAAGAAAACUGUGUGUCAUGGCCGCUGCCCUGCAGAGAUGCAGAAGCUCCCCAUCGUAGCGCAGACACCCUACGAUAAUCAGGCUGAGCCCCAGGGAAUGGCAGGGAUGACCACCUCGUACAUGAACGGCCACGUCUCCGAGUCGGAUGCCGAGGGGAGCGGCGGAGGCCCGGCGGAGGGCCCAGAGGAGUCUCAGUGGCACAGGGAGAUGCCCGUGGACUGCCCCAGCGAUCUGGGGGCGCGCACCCUGCCCGUGAGACGCAGCGCGCAGCUGGAGAGGAUCCGCCAGCAGCAGGAGGACAUGAGGAGGAGGAGAAAGGAGGAAGAAGGUCGCAGCAAGCAAGAGCUGGAUGUCAAUUCCUCCAUCCGCCUCAAGAAGUUGUCUCAGAAUUCUAAAAUCGGCAUCGACAACCCUACGUUUGAUCCGAUUGAGGGGCCCGGUGGCACUUUGGGGCAACUGCAAGGUCUGGGAGGAGCCCCCACAUUGCUGGAUCUCGAGGACCUGCUGAUGUCCCUGAAGCAGGUGCAGCACUGCCUGGGUGACACCCAGAGCCAGGAGGAUGUGGAGUUGGUACUGCAGCUGGUGCAGAAGACGGACUUCCAGAAUGCCUUCACCAUCCAUAAUGCCGUAGCGCAGCACAUGAACCAGGCCAGCCCACCCUACCCCGUCAUGGGCCGAGCUCAGACCCUCGUGCAGGAGGUCCUGGCCAUGCUGCAGUCCAGCCCGCAGAAGGAGAGCCAGGAGCUUAAUGCCCUGCUGGCCUCGCCGCACCUGCAGGCUUUGAUGCUGGCUCACGACGGCGUGGCGGAGCAGGAGAUGACGCUGGAGCCCGCCAGUCCCACCGAGAAGCACGCGGAGAUCCUCACGCAGUACGGGGGUGAGACGGUGAAGAUCGUGCACCUGGAGAAGGCCAGGGACAUCCCCCUGGGAGCCACCGUGCGGAACGACAUGGACAGCGUGAUCAUCAGCCGCAUCGUGAAAGGCGGGGCGGCGGAGCGCAGCGGCCUGCUCCAUGAAGGAGACGAGAUCCUGGAGAUCAACGGCGUCGAGAUCCGCGGGAAAGAUGUGAAUGAGGUCUUCGACAUUCUGGCAGAAAUGCACGGCAUGUUGACCUUUGUCCUCAUUCCCAGCCUGCAGACGAAGCCCCCGCCCCAUAAGGAGACUGUGGUUCAUGUCAAGGCCCACUUUGACUAUGACCCCUCGGACGACCCCUACGUGCCCUGCCGGGAGCUGGGGCUCUGCUUCCAGAAAGGGGACAUUCUGCACAUUAUCAGCCAGGACGACCCCAACUGGUGGCAGGCUUAUCGGGACGGGGACGAGGACAAUCAGCCGCUCGCCGGACUGGUCCCAGGUAAGAGCUUCCAGCAACAGAGGGAAGCCAUGAAGCUGACGAUAGAGGAAGAUAAGGAGCCAGAGAAAUCUGGGAAGCUCUGGUGUGCGAAAAAGAACAAGAAGAAAAGGAAGAAAAUCUUGUUCAAUGCCCACAAAAAUGAUGACUAUGACAAUGAGGAGAUACUCACCUAUGAGGAGAUGGCGCUGUAUCACCAGCCGGCCAAUCGCAAGCGGCCCAUUGCCCUCAUCGGCCCCCCCAACUGCGGACAGAACGAAAUGCGACAGCGAUUGCUGUCCAGUGAGCCUGAAAGAUUCGGCAACGCCGUUCCUCACACGACUCGGAACAGGAGAGACGUGGAGUUCAACGGCAGGGACUAUCACUUCGUAUCGCGGCAGGCCUUUGAGGCCGACGUGGCCGCCGGCAAGUUCAUCGAAUCUGGCGAGUUCGAGAAAAACCUCUAUGGCACCAGCAUCGACUGUGUCCGGCAGCUGAUCAACACCGGCAAGAUCUGCGUGCUGUGUGUACACACACAGUCCUUGAAGGUGUUGCGUAGCUCAGACCUCAAGCCCUACAUCAUCUUCAUGGCCCCGCCCUCUCAGGAGCGACUGCGGGCCCUCCUGGCCAAAGACAACAAAAACCCCAAGCCAGAGGAGCUAAGGGACAUCAUUGAAAAGGCCCGGGAAAUGGAACAGAACUUUGGGCACCUGUUUGAUGCCGCUAUCGUGAAUGCUGACCAGGACAAAGCCUACCAAGAGCUCCUACGCCUCAUCAACAAGCUGGACACGGAGCCGCAGUGGGUGCCCUCCUCGUGGCUGCGCUGAGGCCCCUCCCACUCCCGAGAACCCUGCUGUAGAGACAAGUACCUGCAACGCUGCGCCCCCAUUUGGGGGAGUUAACUGCUGAACCUCUCUGGAUCUCUUUCAAUAGCACCACCUUCUGGAUGAUUUUGGAAUAAUGUAUUUCGUUUACACCUGACCCAACUGUCCUUUCCUUGCAUAUUUUAGACCAUUUUGUAUUCUAAUCAGAUUUUUUUUCCUCUAUUUUAUGCUUUUAUUUUCACCUUAAUUUAACUAUCAACAUUCCAAAUAUUUAGCACUUGGUGACAGAUGUUUCUGCUGCUGUCGUGUACUGCUAUCCUGAAAUAUUUAUAAUUGUAAAUAUAUAUUUUUAUGAAGUUUGAGUAAGCAGUAAUAGAAAGUGUAUGUUUAGGGAAUCACACACACACACGCAGAGCCAUGUGUCUUCAGUCGAGAUCAAAAGCAUUUACUACCUUGAAGCGACGGAUGUGUAUCAGGUGUGUUUUUUUUUCUCUGUUUGUUUGUUUAAUAUUUUUCACUUGCAUGUUUGCAAGACUCCACUGAAUUUUGAAGGAUGGGACUUGAGUGAGACUCAUUCACUUUCCAAGUGCUGAAAGAGAUUUAUGUCUUUAAAAAUGCUUGAGACAAGCUUGAGUACUGAAGAGCCGGUCUCAGUGAUGGUUCAUUAGUGUCUGCUCGUACCCUUGUUUGCCUGUAACAUCGAGCAGCUCUUUUUAAUACUCUGUCAAUUUCCGAAAAAGAACAGAAAAAAGUGAACGAAUACAGUUACGACUGGAGUCUGAAACUGACGAAGCAAUAAUUCUGUGUUUCUGUAUUAGUAUUUGAGUGCUUCUUGGACCUGGCAGAAGUGUAAUAAGCAGUAUUGUAGAAAUCUGUUUUGUUAAUGGGUGAAAUCAGAGUUAAUCAGUCUAUCGGUGAUGUUUGCCCUAGCAAUGCGUUAGCCUUUAUAGUUCACCAAAUUAUAUUAGGAGUCUAUUAGGAUGUUUUUUGAGUCACUUUUCCAGAUUUCAGUUACUUCCCCUUUUCAAGCUGAGUGAUGUACAACUUUAAAAUGAGAAAUGUAUUUUGGAAGUUGUAUAUUUUGAUUUGAAGAGUACAUAUGUACACAAGCAGUUUUGUGAAUGUAUGUGUGGGGGAAAAUUUGCAUUAGUGUGCUCUUGAAGUGUGCGUGAAUGUGUGUGUGCAUGCAUGUGUGUGCGUGCGUGUGUGAAUGCGUGUGCGUGCGUGAAUGUGUGUGCUUGCAUGUGUGUGCGUGCGUGUGUGAAUGUGUACAUACCGGUACCAGCUGCUGAGAGUCAGUGGUGCUGUAGUGUACUUUAGCUUGGGGGGGGGGGGGACUUUCUGUCAUUCUCAGCGCAUUUGUACUGAUUAGAACAAAUGCAGUGCCCAUAAAGUUAUGGCAGAAUGAUAUUGUAGACCAGUGAUGGGCAGGCCUGACUCUGUACUGUUAAGCACCUAUGUUUAUGUUUCCUUCCUUCCAAGUCAGAAUUUUAUUUGUCAUGCUGAUGUGUGUCCAUGUAAACUGUAAAUCAGGCGUGUUAGACGUAUGCAGGUUUGAAACGUCCUCAUUAGUUACACAGUUUUGACAUUUUCCAUUUUGAAUUGCAAAAAAAAAGCAAUAAGUCACCGAUAGUUAGGGCUGUGUUUUAAAAUGAAACCCUGCGUAGGUCCCUUAGGGUGUCUGACACUCCUGGCUUGAAGUUUUGAUGGACUCUUCCAUAAUCUUGCUGGUUUUCCCUGUAAGCAUGGCUGGCUAGACCGCGUGAAGGAGGUAUCCUACAUACAUUGAUGUGGAAAUCUUAGAUAUCUUCCUGUACAAAUUGCACCACUAGGUUGUCAUUUCUUUUUUUUUUCUUGUCCCACCCCCAUCUUCCUCCCUGUCCAUGGUGGAAUCACUGGCCUCCCAGGGAGGGAGGGAGGGAGGGAGGCGUUCAGUCCCUGCCUGUAUGUGAUGUAGAUAUGAGCCAUUUAACUGGAAGUAGAACUAAUGAAUGUAAAGAACUGUAUUAAAUCACUGCUCCUUUUUUGUAUGAAGUAAAUUAAAGACCAGAAUGAUAGUCCUUCACUGCUA